AUGCCUACAUGUUUUGCGGUACGGGUUUGGUCAGCCAUUUUGAAGACUGCAGCCCGCGUGGAUCUGACCCGCUGUGACCCGCUCGAAGACGAGUUCGCUGCGAUACUCUCUCUCUCUCUCUCUACUAGUCAUAAUAAAGAAAUUUGCGAUCUGCGUUUACCUGAAAAAAGGAUGUUGCAGCUGUUUUUCACGAUAGCGUUUUCGGCGGCGCCGCUAACGCUGUACAUACCGCCGAUAAGAUGCUUGACGAUGUUCGUGGAGACGAUGGAGGAGAUGGGAAUGGAAGGUAGGGUUUAUAGCCGGAGAGUCUUCCCACGCGCCAGAAUUGCUUGGACUCGCCUUCUCGAUUGCUUCUUCUCCUUUUCUUCUCCUCGCCGUCCUUAAAUUUAAUUGCUUGUAUGUGUCUCUUUCUCUGUAUAUAUCAUGUUUACUUCCUUGAUCAUGAUUUGGGAUAAUUCAAGAGAGAGACUUAGAGUUCUUUGUUCUUGAUUUUUUUAAUAAUUAGAGAUGGAUUUGUUGUGUGUGUGUCUCUCUCUCUCUCUUUUUAAAACAAAUUUAUUGUAAUUGAGAUUCAAAUUGCUCAUGAAUUACGUGUUGAGAAUCUGAACAAGAUCAUCAUCAAUAUAGAAAGAGUUUAAAUUA